AGUCCAGCAGACAAAUGCCUAAUAAUGCCGGAAAAGGAGAUACUACCGGAGAGCUGUUCCCUGAAACAAGUUCUGGAGCUAUUCUACGCGCCAGCAUUCUACGUACUUCUGGUGACUGUAGUUGUGGGAGAUUACACGAAUCUCGAGUUCUCAGCAACCAUCGUGGACUACGGCAUCGAUAAAGGCAUAGACUUGGAUAGCGCCAAGCACCUUGUAACAUUCAGUGCUUUAGGGCAAGUUGUGGGUCGAGUAGUUGUUCCGCUACAGGCAGACUUCUCUCCGUUCAUGCGCCAUUUUCUGUACACCCUGAGCUUUCUGGCACUUUGCUGCUGCAUGGUAGCAUUGCCGUACCUGUCUGCCUGGUCGACCAUUCUUGCGCUGUCAACCGUGAUUGGAGCGGCGGAAGGAUACAUCCUCUGCAUCAAGUAUGUCCUCUUCGCGGAAUAUCUCGGGGUCGACCGGACGGCUGCUGCCAUUGGCAUGAUCGGCGUCCUGAUGACUCCGGCGCUUCUGGUCAGCCCAACAAUUUUAGGACAAUUUCGGGACGUUGCUGGCUCUUAUGAUGGCUACUACCGGCUGAUGGGAGCUCUUAGCUUGAUGGCCGCGGUUCUCUUCGCGGCACAUGAAGCCUGGAUGCACAGAAAAACUAAGCGAAGACAUUCUGUUAAACACGAGAGCCCUACUCGUGAAGCAAUAUAA